CUUCUUCCUCUUUUCCUUUACAGUCACCAUGUCUUUUGUCACUGAAAUUACUGCACCUGACGGCUACAAGGUGAAAGUGAACACUGGUUUGUUCAUCAACAACGAGUUCGUUGCUGGCGCGAACACAAUCGAUACCAUCAACCCUGCUACCGGCAAAGUACUUACUUCGGUCCAAGCUGCCGACGCUGAGCGCGUCGAUAUGGCUGUUGAAGCAGCCCACAAGGCUUUCUAUGGUGGAUGGAAGACCAGCAGUCCAAGAGAACGAGCACGCUUGAUGCUUAAGCUUGCAGAGCUGGUGGAACGCGAUAUUGAAGACCUUGCACAUCUGGAGACCUUGGAUAACGGAAAGCCGCUUUCAAACUCCAGAGGAGGUGACGUACCUGGCGUAGCCAAACAACUUCGCUACUUUGCUGGCUUCUGCGAUAAGCUCCACGGCAAGGUCAUUGAAACGGAAGGCAAGCUAUCAUAUACCGUUCAUGAACCCAUCGGCGUCUGUGGUGGUAUUAUUCCGUGGAAUGGACCGAUGCUCAUGCUUGCAUGGAAGAUUGCCCCUGCCCUUUGCACAGCCAACACAGUUGUUAUCAAAACGUCCGAACUGACUCCACUAUCUGCAUUAAAAAUCGCUGAACUGAUCAAGGAGGCUGGUUUCCCUCCUGGUGUCGUCAACAUUAUCACUGGUUAUGGCCCUAUUGCCGGUGAGGCCCUCUCACGUCAUAUGAAGGUUUCAAAGCUUGCAUUUACUGGCUCAAUUGCUACCGGCCGUGCUAUCAUGAAGGCUGCUGCAGAAACCAACUUGAAGAAGGUCACGCUCGAGCUCGGUGGCAAGUCGCCCAACAUCAUUUUUGACGACGUCGAGAACUUGGAUGAGGUCGUUUUUUGGUCGAGGUUGGGUGUGUAUGCAAAUGCUGGUCAAGUUUGCUGCGCCGGUACUCGUAUAUACGUACAAGAAGGCAUCUAUGACAAGUUUAUUGAAAAGUUCAAGGCGCUGGCAUUAUCCGGCAAAGUUGGUGACCCAUUUGAUCCCGAGACUUUUCAAGGACCACAGAUCUCCGAGGCACAGUUCAACCGAAUUAUGGGCUAUAUCGAUAUCGGUAAAAAGGAAGGUGCUACUUGCUACCUUGGUGGUAAGCGUGUAGGCGAUGCUGGAUACUUUAUUGAGCCCACCAUCUUCACAGAUGUCAGCCCCCAGGCAAGAAUCAUGAAGGAAGAGAUUUUUGGACCUGUUGUAGCCAUUUCCAAGUUCAAGAAUGCCGACGAUGUGAUUGCACAGGCUAAUGAUACCACAUAUGGCCUUGCUGCCUCCGUGUUCACCUCGAACAUUACACGAGCAGUAACUGUUUCAAACGCUCUUGAAGCUGGUUCAGUUUGGGUCAACUGCUAUAAUCUUAUCACAGAGAACAGUCCGUUCGGUGGAUACAAGCAGUCAGGUAUCGGCCGAGAGAACUCUGAGUACGCUCUGGCCAACUAUACUCAAAUCAAGGCUAUUAAGAUUAAUAUUGGAAAUCCUUUGUAAAAAAAAGAAGACAAUAUAUGUAGCCAGUUUGUUUUCGCAAUAAGCAAAGCAGCAAAGAAUCCACAAUGAAUAUCAUUUUUGAACUUAGAAUAAUGCUGUAGUCCUUGGUCACAUAAUUGUACAACUUGUUCAGCAAAUCGUAUGCUGAAAUAUGUAAAAUAGUACACACUUG